AUGUCGUUCACUCUCAGGAGGCCCUUCGCGGUCUCCUCGACCGCCUUCAAACAAUUCAGCAAACCUUCCACUCUACUCCGAACAUUUCACUCCUCCGGUUCAAAAUCAUCAAACGCCUUCUUCAGCUCUCGGCCCACCGCCUCUAACGUUCAGUCUCUUCUGAAGUCCACGGCGCUCCGGGACGCCUUCAAACGAGGCUAUCAAACCCCAUCCUACCAACCGGCCAACCCGACCGCAAGCGGGAACUUGACUCAACGACUUCUCUACGGCGCUGCGUUGCUGGGCGGAACGAUCGUCGCCACCAACCUGAUAUUCAACCGAGAGACGCGCGAAGAUGGCGGCAUGCCCCUUUUUGAACGGGAGUAUUUGAACCAGACAUUCCUGCACACCGGCCUGGGCGUGGGCAUCAUUGCACUUGCGGCCCGGACACUGCAUGCCAACGGCUGGACCUACCGACUGAUGGCGACGAACCCGUGGCUAGUCGUUGGCGCGUCGCUCGUGGCGAGCAUCGGCACCAUGUACGGCACGUUCUACACGAAUCCCGACAACUACAUUCAGAAAUAUGCUCUCUGGACCGCCUUCAACGUCACCCAAGCCGCCAUCCUGACGCCUCUGAUGUUCAUGUCGCCCGCCAUUCUGGCUCGAGCUGGCUUGUACACGGUCGGCAUGAUGGGCAGCAUUGCGUUCGUGGGUGCCACCGCCAAGCAGGAGAAAUACUUGUAUCUUGGUGGCCCUCUGCUCGCUGGUGUCGCCAUCGUCGCCAUCUCCGGGUUCGCGCCACUCGUCCUUCCCGCCACCGCCGUUCGAACGCUAGCUUGGACCGAGAACAUCUGGCUGUACGGCGGUCUGGCCGUGUUUGGCGGCUUCACGCUCUACGAUGUCCAAAAGAUCCUGCACCACGCCCGCAUGAGCGAGCGAGGCUUGGUCAGGAAGGACGUUGUGAAUGAGAGUAUCAGUCUGGAGUUGGACUUCUUGAACAUCUUCAUUCGGAUGGUUCAGAUCCUGGCCAUGAGGCAACAGAACAAGAGAUAA